AUGCCUAUUAAAACUUACACUAAGUUUAAGGAUUUUACGGCGCCAAGUGUGAUAUAUGCGCUACAGCAUGAUUUGGUUGUAGUUGGUUCAGUCCUGCCAUCGUCUAAUUCAUAUAUAUCUGCGUGGAAUAUGACCGAAACAAAUACAGGCAAUACAGGAGUCCUUGUUUGCAAUCCUGACAAACUGCCAGCCGGUGCACUACCUUUAAAAUCUAAAGAAGUCUUUUCCUUACGUCUUAAAGCACUUAAAUCAUGGGAAAAACCAUCUGAAAUAUUACCUCUUCUCUUUGGAAGAGAAGCAGCAACAUUUGUUACUCUACUUUCCAGUACAAUUAUAAACAGUCGUUCAAGAUUAUUUUUCAAUAUACACAGUAGAACUGGAUAUAUUUUCUCUCUAGUCCCAACUGUGAUUACUCCAACUGCUCUUAGUCACUGUAUCUUUGGUGAACUAGUUCUAAAGAAGAUUCUUAUUGAAUCCACUAAUCCUGACUUCACUCCUGACUGCAGUGUUUGCUUACAAACACGUGGGGCUCUAUUAAUGAAUACAUUUGGAUUUCUAUUGCCUCUUGGCUUUAGCUUUUUCUCAUCUGCAGUUACUGCCCUGUUUAUACGAACUUAUCCAGUACCUGAUCUACUCGACGGUAAAAGUAUGAAAAGAAUGUGUAAACUUUACCUGAAGUCUUUUCGACGUGUUACACCCGGAAUGAUAUUGGGUCAUACACUGUUUGGAUCAGUUCUAGUCAAAAUGAUGAUACGCGAUAAUCAAUACAUACUUAAUCAACAAAAACUGAAUCCCAGUAUUAUAUCAGCUAAUUUGUCGAAUAGCAAAUAAAUUAGAUAGACACAGUUUUAGUAUCUUCUGUAAAUUGGUUACAUUACCACUACUCAGUCAAUACA